CAUUCUUCAUCUUUAGAGCUAACUACUCUAAAACAAAAAAAAUUUGUUUGGUAAGAAUCAAUUAGUACAACUAAUUGUAACAUAUUCUUUUAAAUAAAUUGAUUUAUUCGAUGAAACGGCCCCAGCCUUCAUUUGGUUCACUUUCUUCUAUGUAUAUAUAUAUCUAUAUAUCUAUAUACCUCAAAAAUAGAUGCAGUUUACAUGGUGGUUUUAUGAUGUUUAUUCAAAGAAAAUCGCCCCAUUAAUCUAAAAAUAAUAAUAAUUAUUAUUAGAAAGUUAGUAAAAACACUUCUCAACCUCAUAAUUCUGGAAUAAUUUUUGUGUGCUUAUUGCAUAUGGCCAGGGCCUGAAAGAAUUGUAAAUUUCAUUUAAUUGUCAUCCCUGAAAAGGUGGCUUUCAUGUACAUUUAGAUUUGGGUGGAGGUAAUUCCUAAGUAGGGAUUGGCAGCCUUGAGGGCUAGAAACUUGAAAAUGGUUCGACACCCUCUUGGUUUCAGGGAUUCAGAGCCGUUGAAGUUUUGAGACCCAGAAAUACUGGCAGAAAAAGAUUUGACGUAAACCUUUCCUGGUUUUUAUUUUAACUUCAGGCCUCAGCUGGUAAUUAAUAAUCCUGAAAUAUUUUAUAUAACAUCAGCGUGGGUAAAAUCAAUAACCAUUUUUGAGGCAGAAUCCAAAAAAAAAAAUCCAUGUUAAAAUUCAGCCCGAAAAGGAGGGGAAAAAAACAGAAAAAGAAGUUUUAUUUGGAAGAAUCUCAAGAUAAUGGAGAUAAUUAUUAUUUUUAGUAGUCCCCACAGCAAAGGCAAAAAUGUUUUUUUCCUCGUGGGCUCCAAAGGCAGAUCCUGCUUGGAAGAUUUUUCCUCUGGAUUUUUCAGCGGGAAUUCAUACGCUGGGAUUUUACGAAGUAUGUGUGUGCGCACUUGCAGAAUAGGAAAUAAAUCUUGCCCAAAGUGAUCAACCCGGAUUCUUGCAUGAUCCAAGGUUUAUAUUUUAUUAUGAAAUUUAUUUGCUUUCCGUCUUGUAUCCAACAACUCUGGGCAUUAUCCUACCUAGCCACUUAACCAGAAUGGGAUUCAUUCAUUCAUUCAUAUCUAUCAUGUCCGUCUGUCUGUCUAUGUCUCUAUCACGUCUAGCUCUCUAGUAUCUUAUCUGGUUCUCUAUCAACUAUCAUCUCUCAUAUCUAUCUAAUCUAUAUCAUCUAUAUCCACCAACCUACCUACCUAUCAUCCAUCCAUCAUCUGUCUGUCUGUCUGUCUAUCUAUCUAUCUAUCUAUCUAUCUAUCUAUCUAUCUAUCCUCUCUCUCUCUAGCACCUGUCUGUCUAUUUACCCCUCUCUUUCUAAGAUGUUUCUCUAUCAUCUAUCUACUAUCUAUCAUCUAUCAUUAACUCUGUCAUCUCUCUAUAGCCUCUAUAUAUAUGUGUCUCUGUUUAUCUAUCUAUCUUCUAUCUCUCUCCAUAUCUAUCUAUUUAUCUAUAUAUCUAUCUAUCUAUCUUCUAUCUCUCUCCAUAUCUAUCUAUCUAUCUAUCUAUCUAUCUAUCUAUCUAUCUAUCUAUCUAUCUAUCUAUCAUCUUCUAUCUCUCUCCAUAUCUAUAUAAGUGGAACGACUUGCCUUCAGAAGUUGUGAAUGCUCCAACACUGGAAAUUUUUAAGAAAAUGUUGGAUAACCAUCUGACUGAGAUGGUGUAGGGUUUCCUGCCUGGGCAGGGGGUUGGACUAGAAGGCCUCCAAGGUCCCUUCCAACUCUGUUAUGUUUAUCUAUCUAUCUAUCUAUCUAUCUAUCUAUCUAUUUAUCAUCUAUCUACUAUCUAUCUAUAUCAUCUAUCUAUAACUAUCUAUUUACUAUCUAUGUAUAUCAUCUAUCUAUCUAUCUAUCUAUAUCAUCUAUACUAUCUAUCUAUAUGUAUCUAUCUACUAUUUAUCCUAUCUAUCUAUCUAUCAUCUAUAUCUACCUACCUAUCUUCCAUCCAUCCAUCCAUCCAUCCAUCUAUCAUCUAUAUUUAUUUUAUCUAUACAUGCAGACAGAUAUCUCUCUCUCUCACACACACACACACUCCAUUGUGCAAAUUGCAGAUUUUUUUUAAAAUCCAGUUCUUGCUCAAGCACCCGUGAGAUUUCCCGCUUUGGGGGCAGAGCAGCAAGCCUGGCUGAAUUUCCAUUAAAUGGGAUUUUUUGCCUGCUGGAUAUUCCUCCCCGCUCCCUCCUCCUGUGCCAAGAAUCUACUGCCAACGAAUGCUCUCACCUGCUGGGGGGGGGGGAUCCUUGUGCCACGCAGGGUGAAAAACCCAUUCAAGGAAGCAAAAAUGUUCUCUCCAGCUGCGCUGCAGCUGUCGUGGCUGCAAACCGGGGCUCCCUUUGGAAAACUUAACCACUGUGUGGAAGAAUCACGGGCGGAUGUGAGUGCGAGACGUUCCCACAUUUCCAGUUGUUGUUUUUUUAAAAUGGGACUAUUUGUGUGUCUUUUAGCACAGAAUAUUGGAAAGAGGGCCUCAUGUUGGUCUGCCAAGCAACCAAAUUGGCAUUGAACCUCUUGAACCUCUCCUUUCCUUACAUCUCGUUGACAAACAGGGACUAGAAACUUAGCUGGGUUUUUUUAAUUAAAAAAAGACGGUUCUGCUCUAAUCUUGGCCCUACUCCCUUAAGGAAGCAAAGACAAUAUUUCAAGGGAGGGAGGGAUUGAAGAAAGUGAGGGACAAGAGAAAACGAGUCGGAUCUUCCCGGCAAGUGGAGAGGGUAUGAUCCUUUAAAAAAAAAAAUGAAUUUUACGACUCUUGCAUUAAAAGUUGGGCUUGGCAUAAAAUGGAGAGAGAGAAAAAUAAUCCUCUCUUUCUCCCCCUGCGUGACGCCAGCAUCUUUUCAGGUACCUGCCAAUUCCGUAGCUGAAUGGGGGGGCUGGACUGGAUGACCUCUAGGGCACCCCGUAGGCUGGCCCUAGGAGCUUCCUGCUGGAAUGGCAGCCUGGCCGAGCGAGCCUCUGGAGGAUGGAGGCUGAAUCCGCGGAUGAAGAGGAGGCUCCGAAGGAGGCCUUCACCAGCGGCAACUGCUAAAGGACCUGAUGGAAGACUACAUCCCCCUGGAGAGACCUGUGGGCGAUGACGCCCAAGCCAUCACUGUCCACUUCACCCUCAGUCUUAUGCAGAUCAUGGACCUGGAUGAAAAGAAUCAAGUCCUCAUCACCAACGUCUGGCUGCAGAUGUACUGGUAUGAUCACUAUUUGCGAUGGAAUGAAUCUGAAUAUCCCGGGGUCAAGACGCUACGUUUCUCAGCUGACCAGGUGUGGAAACCUGACAUUCUUCUUUACAACAGUGCCAAUGAGGAAUUCGACUCUACCCUCCACACCCACGUCUUGGUGAAUUCCAGCGGUUACUGCCAGUGGCUGCCCCCAGGGAUCUUGAAAAGCACCUGUCGAAUCGACGUCCGCUGGUUCCCCUUUGACACCCAAAAAUGCGACCUCAAGUUCGGGUCCUGGACUCAUGACGGCUGGCUGCUCGAUCUCCGUAUGCUGGAGAGCGACACGUCGGGCUACGUCUCCAACGGCGAGUGGGACCUUGUGGGUGUCCCUGGCAGCGAGAACCGAGUUUUCUACGACUGUUGCCGGGAACCAUACCUGGAUGUCACCUUCGUGGUCAUUAUGCGCCGCCGGACGCUGUACUACGCCCUGAAUAUGCUGGUGCCUUGCUUGCUCCUUUCGGCCGUGACAUUUUUGGUCUUCCUCUUGCCCGCCGAUUCCGGGGAGAAGAUUUCUCUGGGCAUCACCGUGUUGCUGUCGCUCACUGUCUUCAUGUUGCUGGUGGCUGAAGUGAUGCCAGCCACCUCCGACUCGGUGCCCCUGAUAGGGCAGUAUUUUGCCAGCACCAUGGGGAUGGUGGGUCUGUCCGUGAUGACCACGGUCUUUGUCCUCCAGUACCAUCACCACGAUCCCGAGGGCGGCUCCAUGCCAAGAUGGGUCCAGGUGCUGGUGCUGAACUGGGGUGCCUGGCUCUUGAGGAUGCGCCAACCAGGAGAAGAACCCCAGGGGCGCCCCCCCUGCACCCCCAGUUUGCUGAGCUGCAGCUCGGACAACAGUGAAGGAGGAGGCAGCCCACCCACCCGUCCGGCUGGGCCCAUCGCCAACGGCCACCUGGUCUACGCAGGGAUCCCCAUUGCUGCCGUCGCUCCUGCCCCCUUCCCCGCCAAACCCCCCGAUAUACCCCGUCCCUUCCUCUUCUCCCCAGAGCCUCCCUCCUCCAUCCCGGAAGACCCUCUCUCUGCCCCCCACCUCAGCUCCAUCCUGAAGGAGCUGAGAUACGUGGCUCAACGCUUCCGCAGCCAAGACAUCUCUCGGGCCACCUGCAACCAGUGGAAGUUCGCCGGGGCCGUCAUUGACCGGCUCUGCCUGGUACUCUUCGCCCUCUUCCACAUCGUCUGUUCCAUCGCCAUCCUCAUGGCGGCCCCCAACUUCGCCGAGGCCAUCACCAAGGACUUCCUCUAACGCUCCGGAGCUCCAUAUUUUCCGAGGACUGCCUUGAGAUGGCGAGAAGGGCCACCCCUGGAUGGAGAAAGAUGGAGCUGGCCGGAGACCUUCCUCAUGUGCAUGCUACCGACCCGGAGUUUGCGAUGGACACCAAGGUUUGCAUGCAAUAGUUGUGGAGCUCCUCCCGGGACAGAGGUCCCCAUUGGCCAGAGACAACAACAGGGUGGUGUCGUCUUGGACUGGUUCUCCUCUGAAUCCCUCAAGCCGGUCUUCUUCAGCCCUCGGGAUCACGUUGGACGUUCAGACUUCAAAACACUUGGACGAAGAAAUUCUGAUGGACCACGAGAACGUUCAGAUUUCGGAGUGUUUGGACUCCAGCUGGACCACGAGGCGAGGGGGCUUCCAGACCUACAAAGUCCUACCCAGAGGGAUCUGAUUUUGGGGUGUGUUCCCCCCAAAGCCUCCAUCCUCUCUCUCGGCAGCUGGAGACCCUGUCUUGACUCUGGACUUCCCCCCCCCAAAAAAUGGGUCUCUUCUCAGUUCCCUCUGGCAGGGCUGAUCCCAGGACCAAACUCCGAUCAAAGUUGCUAAAAACUCUUUAAAAGGGGUCUUUUGCCUGACCCCAAACCCCCAAAUCGUGUCCCAUUUCAAUGUUUUAAUGACCAAAUCCACCUCGAUGUGGCCUCUCCAUGUACGAGCAUCCAUUUAGCGAAUGCCCGAAGUUACAACAGCCCUGAAAAACAAAAACGACUUACGACAGGUUCUCGUCCUUACGGCCUCCAGGGUCACAUGAUCAAAAGUGAUGACCUUGGGGGAUCACCCGAUCGCCGUUCCCGACCUUCCCCAGCCGGCUUCCCACAAGCAAAGUCAGUGGGGGAAAGCUGGAUUCAUUUAAUGACCACACAAUGGCUAAGAAUAUAUAUAUAUAUUCUAUAUUCUAUAUAUAUAUUCUUAUUGUAUCCUCACUGUAGCCCUCUUCCGGGCCAAAGAGUAGAUCAUCUCAUUCUAGUUUUUUGCUUAUUUUAUUGAAACCGAAAAAGAAAAAUAAAUUAUUCAAAGUAAACAGCAAUAAAUAAUCAAUAAUUUAAGCCUUGAUAUUGUCUGAAAAAUCACUGUUCCCCUCUUUUUUCACUUCUUUGAACCCCCUUCUUCCCUUGGUCCUUCUAAACAAAAUCACUAUUAAAC